UUUAUUUUGCUUUUAUAUUGUUAUUGUUUUGCAGGCAUGCACCAAUCAUGCAAACACCUUUAACAACGCAUUCAUGUCUAAGCCUAUAUAGUAACUGAAUUGUGAGAUAGAUAGAUAAACAGAGAGAAAGAGAGAGAGAGAGAGAGAGCGGCAUAGAGGAUAAAAGAGAUGAGUCUCUCACAUGAUAAGCAAAAAACACAUCGCCUACCCGUUACCGUCAAACAAGAGUACGUUUUAUUUUUUGCUGCCAUAUGUGUGUUCUUUACGAAAGAGAAAAAGAGACAAAUAAAGCAAAGCAAGAGCGUGGAAAAGUUGAUUAUUAUCACCGUAUAAUAUCUCCAAUGCCACUGUGUUAUGUAGAAAAAGAAGAAGACGGACAACCUAAAAGCAGCGAGAGAGAGAGAGAGAGAGAGAGAGAGAGAGAGCAAAAGAGAGCAGUCGGAGAAUCGAGAAUUUUUUGCAUUUGAAAGGGAAAGAAAGUAUUGAAAACAGAGAGAAAAAAAAUAAACAAAUAAUUAAAGAUAAAUGUGCAAUAACGGUCACUUAAGAGAGGAGAGACAAUUCGAAAUGGAUAAUAAGACACCCACCAGUGUUUAUCAUCAUCAUCGGGCACCACGCACGCCAGAAAGCUAUUUCAAUGUGCCCGAAUCGAUAGCUCUGCUGAAUAUUGUGAAAUCAGAGCGAAUACAAAAUGCCUUUCAAUCGAAUCGCAAAAAUCACGCCAGUGUUUGGGAGAUGGUAGCCGAAGUACUUAAUCGUUACAGCGCCCGGAAAAGAUCGGCCAAGCAAUGCUGCAAUCGUUACGAGAAUUUGAAAAAAAUUUACACACAAUUGAAAAAGAAUCCCGAGAGACAUGUGCGCAGAAACUGGCCGUAUAUGUUCCUAUUUAAAGAAAUCGAGGAACAGCGAGGCGAAUCGUGGGGAUCAAAUAGCAAACGUUUGGCCUUAAUUAAUAAAAACCACAAUGAAUUAUCAUAUUAUCAUCGGCGAAGACAGGCAGCUGAAUUUGGCGCUCUAGUGCUGGACAAGCAAACACAAGCAGCAGUUGUCGCGCAACAGAAUUUAUUGCAGACUCUAGCAGCCCAAUCGAAUGACUCCAAUUCUAAUGCUAGUAAAACGUUGGAACGCUUUCUGCCCAAUCAUUUCGUUGAGGCUCAGUUAGGCUGUUCAGACACUGGCGGAGGCGGCGGAGGCGGCGGAGUCGGCGGCGGAGGUGGAAGUGGAGGAAGCGGUGAGGGCAAUAGCAAUGUUAUGGGUAACGGCGGAGUGAGUGAGAAUAUUAGAAGUACUGCAGUAGAUUUAGCCGUGCCCGGACUUAAUCCAGCUUUGUACGAUGGCGCCUCACCUUUAGCUUUGCAAACAAUGCGAAAGGAGCACCAACAUCAUCAGCAUGAAAUGCGCGUCACCCAGGAUGACAUAAAUGAAAUUCAUAAGCAUACACAACAUCAUAAUCAUCAUAAUUUACUGCAAGCUCAUGCAAGUGGUUUAAUAACUAACGGGGUUAAUUCACCGAAAGACGCCUUACCGACAGAGUAUGAAAAAGACUGCAACGGGGCCCUGAAUCUUCAGACCAACGAUAACAAUAUUUCGAUGAAAUCGGAACCCAUGUCGGAAGGUGAGUUCAAUCCCGAUGAUAUACAAUUAAUGCAAACGAACUAUAAUGGCAUUGAUACGAACAUUUUACAUCCUGACGUUAUAGUGGACACCGACAAUCUAUCCGAAUGUUCGUCGAAUGCCUCACCUAAAAGUAAACGCAAAUUAUCGACAUCCACCGACAGCACUAACUAUGAAUUGAUUGAGUAUUUAAAGAGGCGUGAAAAGCGCGACGAGGAGCUGUUAAGGCGUAUGGAUGCGCGUGAAGAGAGACUUUUGAAUUUAUUGGAACGAACUGUACUGGCCAUAGAAGCUCUAGCUCAUAAAAAUUGUAAUCAAUUGUUCAAUAAUAGAAACGCGAAUGAAGUCAACACUAGCAAUAAUAAUACUUUUACAAAUACAAUACCAACAACAACAGCAGCAACAACAACAACAACAACAGCAGCUUAUAACAACAGCUUAGCGAAAGGCUAUAACGGUCUAAUCGUGAGAGAUCUUGAUAACAAAAUUAGUGAAAAACUGUAA